UGUCCCGUAGCAGGAGGCGGCCACGGAGUUGGGGCCCCGAGGGCAGCCGGAGCGGCCAGGGUCCCGGGCAGCACAGUCUCCGCCGCCGUGAGGCCAGCCUCAGCUGCAGGCUGGGCUGGGCUGUGGCAGCUCGCAGGCAGCAGCGCCUCUGUCAGUCAGGCGGACUCCACUCCUUGCACGCCCUGCGCUUUCCAGCCGGCCGCCUCCUGGCGUCUCUGCUGCCUGCGCUGACUAGUAGGACAGCGGCCGCUUGCUGAGCGUUGGAGAGGAGCGGCUGCGCCAGUGCCAGCGGGGCUGAGACUCCCCUGCUGGCAAGAGGGCGGCGCCGGCUGCCCUCCAAUGUGGCCGGAGUCCCCUGCAGGGAACUUUAAGGCUGGCUCCAAAGGCUGGGAUCGGGCUGCGCUACGCCUGCCAUGGGUCCUGCAGCCGAGAUCGCCUCGCUCCUCGCCUGCUGGGCGCUCCUCCUGGCCCCGGGGGCCCCUCACAGUCCCGGGGAGAGAGAUUUUAUUUUGGGGGCGCUAGAAGAAUACAGACUUAUCAUCCCAACUAGCACAGACUAUGAGGGCAGGUUCCUCUCCAAGGUUGUGUCCGGCGCUCCAAAGGGGCGCUUCCGAAGGGAAACUGCAGGGGAUCGUCUGCAUGAAACUCCAAAUGGGCAAAUUUUUUAUAAUGUCACUGUUUUUGGAAGAGAAUUUCACUUUAGACUGAGACCAAACUCCAGGCUGGUGGCCCCUGGAGCAACUGUUGAAUGGCAGGUGGACUCUAAUGUCACUUACAUUGAACCACUCCAUGGGAAUUGCCUCUACGUUGGGGAUAUCACCGACUUGCCUAAUGCUUCUGUUGCAAUAAGCAAUUGUGAUGGGCUGGCUGGCAUGAUUCGCACAGACAAGGAUGAGUUCUUCAUUGAACCUCUGCAAAAGGGGAAGCAGGAGGAGGAGGAAGAGGAAGGAAGGACGCAUGUGGUAUAUCGCAGGGCAGCUACUGCCAAGAAAACUCUUCCCAGUGAGCACUCAGAUUUCCAACACAGAGAAGCUGACCUAAGCAAUUUAGACAGCAUGUUGAACCUCUUAGAUGAUGAGAUCAAUAGUUCCACAAGGAGGAGGAGAUAUCCAAGGCAUGCAGCUGAUGAUGAUUACAACAUAGAGGUGCUGCUGGGUGUUGAUGACUCCGUUGUACAGUUCCAUGGGAAAGAACAUGUUCAGAAGUAUCUUCUGACACUGAUGAACAUUGUUAAUGAAAUCUAUCAUGAUGAGUCCUUAGGAGCCCAUAUUAAUGUUGUCUUAGUGAGAAUCAUCAUGUUGAGCUAUGGGAAAUCUACAAGUUUAAUUGAGAUCGGCAAUCCUUCUCAGAGCUUAGAGAAUGUAUGUCGUUGGGCCUACCUACAGCAGAAGCCUGAUACUGGACAUGCUGAAUAUCACGAUCAUGCUAUUUUUCUCACAAGGCAGGAUUUUGGCCCCGCUGGAAUGCAAGGCUAUGCUCCUGUUACUGGUAUGUGUCAUCCAGUCCGAAGUUGCACACUCAACCAUGAAGAUGGCUUCUCUUCAGCAUUUGUAGUGGCCCAUGAGACUGGACACGUAUUAGGCAUGGAGCACGAUGGCCAAGGGAACAGGUGUGGGGAUGAAGUUCGUAUGGGAAGCAUAAUGGCUCCUCUGGUCCAGGCAGCGUUUCAUCGCUUCCAUUGGUCUCGAUGCAGCCAGCAGGAGCUGAACCGAUAUCUUCAUUCCUACGAUUGUUUGCGUGAUGAUCCUUUUGACCAUGACUGGCCUUCCCCUCCUCAGCUGCCAGGAAUGUACUACUCAAUGAAUGAGCAGUGCCGCUUUGAUUUUGGUUUGGGCUACAUGAUGUGCACAGCUUUCCGUACCUUUGAUCCAUGCAAACAGUUAUGGUGUAGCCAUCCUGAUAAUCCUUAUUUCUGCAAAACCAAGAAGGGACCUCCAUUGGAUGGAACCAUGUGUGCUCCUGGAAAGCAUUGUUUUAAAGGUCACUGUAUCUGGUUAACUCCAGAUAUCUUGAAACAAGAUGGAAACUGGGGAGCAUGGAGUAAAUUUGGUGCCUGUUCUCGAACCUGUGGAACAGGAAUAAGAUACAGAACACGGCAAUGUGACAAUCCUCAUCCAGCAAAUGGAGGUCGUACAUGUUUUGGGCCAAGCUAUGAGUUCCAACUUUGCAGCACACAAGACUGUCCUAAGGAUUAUGAAGAUUUCAGAGAGGAACAGUGCAAACAGUGGGAUCCUUUCUUUGAGUAUCAGAACAUGAAGCACCACUGGCUUCCAUAUGAGCAUAAUGAUGCUAAAGAAAGGUGCCACCUUUACUGUGAGUCUAAAGAAACUGGUGAUGUUGUGUAUAUGAAAAGACUGGCACAUGAUGGAACACGAUGCUCCUAUAAGGAUUCUCAUAGUAUUUGUGUGCGAGGAGACUGCCUGAAAGUGGGUUGUGACAAGGUAAUAGGUUCCUCAAAGCAAGAAGACAAGUGUGGUGUGUGUGGGGGAGACAACAUCCACUGCAAAGUGGUAAAAGGAACCUUCUCCAGGGCACCAAAGAAACAAGGUUACAUUAAGAUGUUUGAAAUUCCAGCAGGUGCAAGGCACUUGCUUAUACAAGAAUCUGAUGCCACUAUUCAUAAUCUUGCUAUCAAGAACAGAGAAACGGGGAAAUUUAUUUUAAAUGAGGACAACUAUGUGCCAGACUCCAAAGUGUUUAUUAAUAUGGGUGCAGAAUGGGAGUAUCGAAAUGACGACGACAGAGAAAUGGUACAAACUAUGGGUCCUUUACGCAAUGGAAUCAUUGUUUUGGUAAUCCCUCAUGGUAAUGUCAAGAUUUCACUGACAUACAAGUACAUGAUCCAUGAAGACUCUUUAAAUGUUGAUAACAACAAUGUCUUGGAAGACUCCGUAACAUAUGAGUGGGCCUUGAAAAAAUGGUCGCAGUGUUCAAAACCAUGUGGAGGAGGUCACCAGCUUACAAAGUAUGGUUGUCGGAGGAAGACUGACUACAAAAUGGUUCAUCGUAGUUACUGUGAGUCCAUCCAAAAGCCAAAGCCCAUCCGCAGAGUAUGCAAUCUCCAAGAAUGUUCUCAGCCAAUAUGGGUUACUGGAGAUUGGGAACCUUGCAGCAAAAGUUGUGGAAAAACGGGAUAUCAGAUGCGUUCAGUACGGUGUAUCCAGCUACUUCAUGACAACACAAACCGUUCUGUUCAUACCAAAUACUGCAGUAGCGAUCGUCCAGAGGGUAGGAAAGCUUGCAACCGAGAACUUUGUCCUGCACAGUGGAGGAUAGGACCCUGGUCACAGUGUUCUGUGACCUGUGGUAAUGGCACUCAAGAAAGGCAAGUUCUGUGCAGAACAAGUGAAAAUGUUAUGGGUUUUUGCAAAGAAGACAAACCCAAUACAAUCAGGCCCUGCAAAUUACCUUUCUGUUCCAAAAAUUCAUCAGAUACAUCAAAGAAAACUUACAUGAUACAGUGGCUGUCAAGACCGGACCCAGAUUAUCCUAUCCAGAAAAUAUCUUCAAAACAACGUUGCCAAGGAGACAAGUCGAUGUUUUGUCGCAUGGAAGUUCUCUCCCGAUACUGUGCAAUACCCAGUUACAAUAAACUGUGUUGCAAGUCUUGUAAUGCAUAUAGUAACACCACAGGAAAUUAUAAUACAACAGAAACUAAUCAUAGUAAGAUGAAUGAUAUCGAAGAGAGCUUUCCUCCCACAAGUAUGACACAUGUUGAAGUUCACAAACCACACCCUUCUUCAGGUCCUUCAGUUGUUUCCAAGAUAAACAUCACCAGUUCCAAUGCUACUGAAGAUCAGCCAGACGUUAAUGCAGUGGACGUUCCAUAUAAAAUCCAUGGACUGGAAAACGAAGUACCACAGCACAACAUCAUCCUGAGGAAGAGGCCACCUUAUGAAAGGACAAAGAACCAGAGAAUUCAGGAACUGAUUGCUGAGAAAAGGAAAAGAGAGCUGCUCAGGAAAUUACACUAAAAUAAAAAUAUAACACACACACACAUAUUUCUCUCUUAUAGAGAUGUUACCAGCACCUCAGUAAUGCCCAUGUCAACAAAAAGACUAGCUAAUAAUAGUGGUGUUAUGGCAGACAUUCCACAUGCUAUAGCCUACAACAAAUGGAAAUUUAAGGUUAUUUAAUUCAGGUUAAUAUAAAUGUUAUAAUAUGGCUAGGGUCAGAGGUUGCCACAAAAACUAGUGCAAUAUCUCCAUUUGCUUCACUGCACCCACAAGAAUGAUCCUCUCUAACUGUGGUCUGCAGGGUUCUCGAUUUUUAUGAGCUCUUAUGCACCUUCAGUGUGUGCUAGAAUCCAAAGGAAUGUUACUGAGAUACAGUCAGAAGUACUAAUAGUUUGAUCCAAAAUCUUCAACGAUGUUUGGAAGCAUCUGCUGCAACCUAUAAAACCUCACCUUUUGGAAAGUUUUUUUUCAUCCUUAUUUUAAAAUGUCUAGUUAAAUUCUGUGGAUCAUAAGGGCUUGAGCAGACGAUCAGAUCCUCCUGGUGUUUUUAAAAGGCCAGUGGUGCUUGUUAGGACCCCAGUUCAGACUGAGAUUGCAGGGGUGGGGGCACCAGAUGAUUUCACCAGUUGAAAUUGCCACCACCUUAAGCCAUUACUAGCCCUGAAGACAGCACCCAGUAUUUGCCUGUCAUUUUAUCUUCCCAGGGCUAAUAGCCAUGCAGAGGAUGGGGGUUUGAUCGGCAAAACUGGGUGGGUGUGGAAGCAUUAAAUCCCUUCUUUCACACCACCAUUGGCCUUUAAAAAACAGAAAGCUCUGAUCAGCAUUUUGUCUGCUUAUUUCCUUACUUUAGAGUUAAUGUGCUUGGAUCUAGUAUGCCAAUCAGGUCUCCCUUUUCCAUUGUAUUAAGUGGUGCUAAUCCCAUACUCAGGGGACAAACAAAGAAUAUUGCUGCAAGAUAAAAAAAUAUAUAAUUUAGACUCAACACGUUCCUCAUGUAAAUCACUUCAGAAGUAGGUAAGUGGUUAUGUUAGCCUUUAAUAUUAUCAUCUCUUGCAGAAGGAAGCCCUGGAGGUUGCUCCAGGGAAAGGUGUCACUCACCAUAUCUGCUUUUUCCCCCUCACACUUAAGGACCAACACAGCCUUAACAUUCCUUAAUGAAUUUAUCAGGUGCUAUCAACUUCAAAUAAACUAGCCACAUGCUAAAAUUUAGUACUUCCCUCUGAAAUAGCACUUCCUAGUUAUUCCAUAGUACCUGCCUAUUCUCAUAAGAUAAGGCAUUCUAACAAAGCACUUGGUGUAAUCAUGAAUAUUCAGAGUCUUAGGCUCAAACCUAUAUUGGCCAAAUCAUUCCCAAAUGUCAUUUGAAUUUGUUUUAAGAUACAAGUAUUCUGUAGUCUUAAAUGCUUGCCGUGCAUUUACCAACUGUUAACAUUUUAGAUCGUUUCCCCAAAUCAUUUAAAACACAUUCUAAUUAUUUUAAAUGACUGGAUUUCCCUUUUUCAGUUGGUGCUUUUGUGAAGAAAAUGCUUCUUUAGUACAUUUCUACAGUGCAUUGUUAUUUCAUUGUGGUGAUGGACAACUUCUAUUAUCAACAGUUCAUUAGAACAGCUCUACUGUAGCAGAAGCAAACACCUGUCAUUGUGUAUACAUCUAUAAAGAUAUAUGAAUACACUGCACUGGAUCUGCUUAGAUCUUAGCAGGGUAGAUGUCAGCUUCAUCACAGUUUGUUGCUGUUUAUUUUGUUCAAAGGCAAAUGCUUUUCUCACAAUUAAUUUCGCUGGGUCUUCCUAGUAAACGCAGUUGUGAUUCCAA